AUGAACACGCGGACAACAGCUAAGGUUCUAAUUAUCCUGCUGUCCUUUGCAACAUCGCUCUUUCAGCGGCCAGUGUACUUGGUCACUUCUGAGCAAACAAACAUGGCGUCCUCGGCCUUCACGAGCUCUGAGCAUCACUUGGAAAGAGUGAAAGACAUGGCACCUCAGUCUUGUCGCCAAUGUAGGCGUCUAAAGAGGAAAUGCCCGCGGGAGUUCCCUUCUUGUUCACUAUGUACUCGACUGGGUAAAACAUGUCAGUAUCCAGCAGGGCGAAAAGCAUAUGGCUCGCCACAAGGGGAAUCUGAAAAACCCCAGUUCAUAUCUACGCCAACGCCAUCCAUCGACUCUGAGAUCUGGAGCGGCACGACGAAGCCAUAUUCGUCUUUCCCUACUACUUUCUUUCUCGAUACCGACAUAUUUCAACCCGUCUCCCAUGAUUCCUUGAGCGGGACAUGCUCUGUACCCAAGUAUGUUUUAGAGUUACUUGGCCAAGACCUGGUAUCGGUUUGCAAUGCGUACUUCAGUUCUAUCGACCCUUGGUUCCCGUUCGUGAGCAGAAAGAAGCUGCGGCAGGAUCUGGAGAUUGGGCUGUCAGCAGAUUUGGCCCUCUUGCUGCUCAGCAUGAAACUAGUCAUGGAACCAGAUGCAGGCACUUACUUGGUCGCCAUCGAGUCACCAACAUACGAGGCUGUCCGAAGGUACAUUAGCACCUUGGAGACUGUAUUGCCAAUGACGAUGCGCUUCUUCCAGUCACUUGUUCUCAUGGCUACCUAUGAAAUCGGCCAUGGCAUUUUCCCUGCGGCAUACUUGACCGUAGGCCGCGCAGCAAGACUCGGCCUUCUGAGAGGAGUACACGAUCGAAACCACACAACCCAACUUUUCCAGACUCCGCCAACAUGGACUCACUGGGAAGAAGAGCGUCGAACAUGGUGGGCUACAAUAAUCUUAGAACGCUACAUGAGCCUCGGCCCUGUAGGUCUUCCGCUCGCAACACCCGAGCCAGUUCAGGGCGACUUGUUACCAACGUCAGACUUGGAUUGGUUUCGGGGAUCAAUAGGCACAAGCCAACCUCUAUACACAACCGGCUUCUCCACUGAUUCAGAGAUUGGUCCUUUCGCACGAGUUUGUCAAGCAUCACAUAUUCUCGGACGAGUACUCUCCCACAGAAGCUCAAGGAAAGGCUCCCUAGUCAGCAAAGACAUACUAAAUGAAGCACUUCAGCUAGAAGCGACGUUGUCGGCGCUCGAUAUGCACCUCUCCCAGUCGUUUCAUGCUGCCGCUACGGCUGUAGAUGUUGCUCUCUGCACGGUCGCGCGACUAACUCUGUAUCAUGGCUACGCUUGCAUACAGCCCGCUGCUGUAGGAGAACGACUGCCAGAGGAAAGUGAAAUGCAGAAUGUAUCCAUACGCGGACUGAAGCAGAUUAUUUCAGUGUGUGGGCCUAUGCUCGCAUCAGUCGUCAUUCAACAAGCUGCGCAGAACUUCAAUAGUCUGAGCCCGUUGGUCAUCCAGGUUCUGUACGAUAUCGCCACUGAAUGCCAAUGGUUUGUCCGUGAGGGCGAUGUUGUAGAGGGAGCGGAUACAACAUUGCAGUUAGUCACUGAAGCGUUGGGCCUGAUUUCACAGCGCUGGAGGGUUGCAGCGAAAUGUCUUCAACUCUUGAAUGGUUCGAGCGGUUAG